CCCUUCCUGGAGGCUGUCUACGUCGCGGGAAGGGACGUUAGCCCAGUGGCUGCGCGGCUAGGCUGCUAGGCCGAGGUGCCGGGCUAGUUUGGAGCCGGUGGAGGCCGCAAGGCCGCUCCAGCUGCUAUUACCUGGGAGAACUAUUUUGAGGACUGAGCAAGGAAGAUGUUACCAAGUACUUCAGUGAAUUCCCCAUUGCCGGGGAAUGGAGCAUUGAAUUCCAGGGAUGCAGCAAGACACACAGCAGGAGCAAAGCGCUACAAAUACUUGAGAAGGCUUUUUCGUUUUCGGCAAAUGGAUUUUGAGUUUGCUGCAUGGCAGAUGUUCUACCUGUUCACAUCGCCGCAGAAGGUUUAUAGAAACUUUCAUUAUCGAAAGCAGACAAAGGAUCAGUGGGCCAGAGAUGAUCCAGCUUUCUUGGUCCUAUUAAGUGUCUGGCUGUGUGUGUCCACUGCAGGAUUCGGCAUUGUGUUGGACAUGGGACUUUUUAAGAUGAUAAAGCUUCUCCUUUGGGUCGUAUUGAUAGAUUGUGUGGGUGUUGGCCUCCUCAUCUCAACUCUUAUGUGGUUUAUCUCUAACAAGUAUUUAGUGAAACGACAGAGCAGAGACUGUGAUGUGGAGUGGGGCUAUGCCUUCGAUGUGCAUUUGAAUGCUUUUUAUCCUCUCCUACUCAUUCUGCAUUUUAUCCAACUUUUUUUCAUCAACCAUGUCAUCCUAACAGACACAUUUAUUGGAUAUUUGGUUGGAAAUACCUUAUGGUUGAUUGCAGUUGGCUAUUAUAUCUAUGUAACCUUCCUGGGAUACAGUGCUUUGCCAUUUUUGAAAAAUACGGUAAUUCUUCUCUAUCCAUUUGCACCUCUCAUUCUGAUCUACGGGCUAUCACUAGCACUAGGAUGGAACUUCACACACACAAUGUGUUCCUUCUACAAGUACAGAGUAAAAUGAAAAAAAAAAAAAAGAGACUGUUACAUCUUAACUGUGUCAACAGUAUUGGUGAAGUGAUUUCUUGUGAAACUUGUAAGUAAACUCAUUGUAGAUAUCUUAGAGGUGUAAAGUUUGUGAAUUUGAGGAAAUAUAUGUUAACAUUAUUGUCAAAUACAUUCCUUAAAACUAAUUAAAUGUACAUUUCUAUAAUAAAUUUUUUAAACUAAA